AUGCCUCCACGAAGAGCAGUCAGAGGUCGUCCUACUAGGAAAAAUGUCAAGGAACAAGGGGUACCUAAUGCACUAGAAGUGCGACCCCAAGGAGAGGUCACCAAUGCUGAAUUCCGUGAAACUAUCUGGAUGUUAAGUCAAGUUGUGACCUAUCAAGUUGGACAGAGAGGUAAACGACAGGAAGUGGCUAAUACUUCAAGGGUCCGUGAGCUUUUAAGGAUGAACCCACCAAGCUUCACAAGUUCAAGUGUCACUGAGGAUCUGGAUAACUUUAUUGAGGAGCUUAAAAGGUUAUUUGAUGUGAUGCAUGUUGCCGAUAUGGAGAGGUCAAGCAAUGAUGGCAAGGCAGCUAUGCUGAUAGGGGAUAUGGACCUAGCAAGGCUUAUGAUCUAUGUACAACAAGUUGAGGAAGAUAAGCUGAAGGAUAGCUAA